AUGCCCAUCGUUACAGCGGCCACUGCUCUCCGGCGGUCUCUUGAGGACCCUAAAUUAUUCAUCAUUGCACCGGGUGUUUAUGAUGGUCUUUCCGCUCGGAUUGCCUUGUCCGUGGGGUUCGAUGCACUGUACAUGACUGGCGCCGGUACUGCAGCCUCGGUCCAUGGCCAAGCCGACCUCGGUAUCUGCACCUUAAAUGACAUGCGCGCCAAUGCGGAGAUGCUCGCCAAUAUCUCGCCCUCUACCCCCGUCAUCGCCGACGCAGAUACCGGUUACGGCGGCCCGAUCAUGGUCGCUCGCACAACAGAGCAAUACUCGCGCUCGGGGGUCGCCGCCUUCCACAUCGAGGAUCAGGUGCAGACCAAGCGCUGUGGACAUCUUGCGGGCAAGAUACUGGUAGACAAGGAGACAUAUGUGAGUCGUAUCCGGGCAGCGGUGCAGGCACGGAAGCGCAUGGGCAGCGACAUCGUUGUGAUUGCGCGGACCGACGCACUGCAGGGCCACGGGUACGAGGAGAGCGUGGCACGGCUGCGGGCGGCGCGGGACGCGGGUGCAGACGUCGGCUUCCUCGAGGGGAUCACAUCCAAGGAGAUGGCGCGGCAGGUGAUUCAGGAUCUGGCGCCGUGGCCCAUGCUGCUGAACAUGGUCGAGCAUGGGGCAACACCGUCGAUCACGGCGGAUGAAGCCAAGGAGAUGGGAUUCCGUAUCAUCAUCUUCCCCUUUGCGGCGCUUGGGCCUGCUCUGACAGCUAUUCGCGAGGGUAUGGAGAAGCUCAAGAGAGAUGGUUUGCCGGGGUUGAGCAAGGAGUUGACGCCGCAGAUGCUGUUCCGCACAUGUGGGUUGGACGAGAGUCUCAAGGUGGACGCAGAGGCGGGAGGAGCAGCGUUUCAGGGCGGAGUGGACUUGGAGGAUCAGGAGUAG